CAAAGCUCCUAGGAUCAUUGGGACACUCAAACCCCUCCACCACGAUAAGGUGGCAGCCCGAGGAUUACAUAUCCAUUUGCCAUAACUUUUACUUAGUAAAUUGCUUAUAUUAUAAGUCCAUUCCCGUUUUUAAAAGUUGCUUUUUCUUGUAAAGUAUAAACCAUAUCAACCAAUCAUUUUGAAAUGGCAUCUUCUACCUGUAACUGCUGGAAACUAGACAUAGAGAGCAAAUCAAUAAGGAGGUAUGUAGCAAGUUAACUUUUAAUGACUGAAAUAACAGGUUAUAUACAAUCUGGAACGACAUUCAGAAGAGAAUAAAAACCAGAACCAAACUUUAAAAGAUGAAAUCUCCAAAACAAGGAGAAAAAUAGAGUCUGACUGAAUACAAAGGAAAUCAGUGGAAUAUUAAUGUGUUGGGAACUUCUAAGAUAAAAACUCAAAUCUGAUUGGUACAGAAAGCAGGAAGGGGAAGAAACAAAGAAUGCAUGUUUCUGUACAGACAUUUUUUAAGUAUAAAAAACAAGACAAGCAGGUUGUGUUUGUGCAAAUAAGCUUAUUUUGUGUAGGGUGUUCAUUGAAUAAUCACAUUCUGAUAGUUAACUAUAAAAAGCUAUGAUGGACCGAGUUUGGCCCCCUGGCCUUCAGUUUGACACGUCCUUGGCUGUUUAAUACCAAUACUGUAUAUAAAUUAUUAAAAAAAUGUCUCCACAAAGUAUUUAAAUGUCACAUAUUCCCUUUCUACAUGCCUACAAACCAAAUAGUGUCUCUUUUAAAAAAAAAAUCAAACUCAAGUAUUUCUAAAACUACAUGUCAUUCUGAUCAUAUCGCAGAGUUUGUAGCGGCUGCAUGGAUGUGGAGAGACAUGCUGACUUUUGUGGAGUUUCCAGCCGAUGUGGAGCUUCUGUCCACUGGAGAGCUGAGGAUGCCGUUCUCAGACGCAGUCAAGUACUGCAUUCUGGGAAUUUCCAUCCUUCUCCUCCUGGUGGCUCUGGCAAUCUUAAUCUGGCAGAUCUUCAGAUGCUUCUCUGAGACGCGUACAUCAUACCUGCAUCAGGACACAGUGAACACUGAUCUGCUGUAUUCAGAGGAAAAACCAUCAGGAGCUGAAAACUACGCUUCUCCUGCAAGUACUAAAGUGGAGGAUGUGCGCUCUGAAGCUCGCCGACUGACUCGCUGUUUGUCCCGGGCUUCGUUUCCGUCAGAACAAAACUACGCAGAGAGCGACAUGAGGGAACACCAAACCAUUAACAGGGUUCACGGCUCGCUGCGUUUCUCCGUUUACUACGACCAGCUGCAGGCGUUUCUGGUGGUGACCGUGUUGCAGGUGGAGGGGCUGGUGGGCAGCAGCCGGACGUCAGGCCUGCAGUCGUUUGUGAAGAUUCGCCUCAUGUGGGCCGGGUCAGAGGGAAGUGAGCUGGAAAGCCAGGAGGGUCAAGCGACGCCAUCUGUGCUGUGGACGGUGCUGCAGGAGUGGCGUACCCGCGUCGUAAAAGGCAGCUGUAACCCUUUAUAUGGAGACCAGUUUAGCUGCAUUCUGCAAGACAACAAGGACAUGAUUAACCACAUCACUCUGAGGAUGGAGGUGAGGGACUUUGAUAAGUUCUCCAGACACACGGUGCUGGGAGAGGUCAGGGUUCCUCUGGGGAAGCUGAACAUCUCUUUUCCUCUGGAGCUUCAAGAAGAUCUGCAGAUUCCACAGAAGGAUCUGGUUGGAGAAGUACUGCUGACGUUAAAGUAUCUUCCGACCUCUCAGAGGCUGGAGGUCGGCCUGUUGAAGGUCAGAACAGCCAUCGCUGAGCCGUCGUCUGAUGCAGUCAUGCAUGCCAGGAUCAGCAUUCAGUGCAACCAGAGCAAGUUGAGGUACCAGAAGACCUCUGCUGUCCACCGCUGCCCAGUGACCGUCUUCAAUGAGGUCCUCAUGUUCUCCCUGCCAGACGUCCCACUGGAGCAGUGUAAAAUCUUAGUCUCAGUGUAUGAGACGCAGUCGACUGGGAGGUCCAACAAGUGUCUGCUGGGACAGCUGAGUGUGGGGAAGGACAGGAGCUCAGAGGACGAGCACUGGACCUUGAUGGUGCGCUCGGUGCGGCAGCCUGUAGCAAAGUGGCAUGGCCUGCUGCUUUGAGCUGCUGGCCAGAAACAUCUGAAGCAGUUUCCAUGUUCACCUCGUCCUGCAGGGACCGUGAUGAAACUCCACAGGAUGGAGCUACACUCAGAUAUGUAAACAUGAGAACAAUCAUUUUUAUUGAGCUGCCUUUCCAUCAUAAAUGUGCACAAAUCUUUAUGGAUAUUCUGCUAAUGUAAAAAUAAACACAAUUUUGCAACUACAGUGUUUCCGUUAAAAGAGAAAUUAAAGUCACAUGGGAAUAAGGCUAGUCCCAUGAUAAGCUACGAAAAAUUAUGGCAGCAUCGGAUGUAAACAGUUACAUGAGAUUAUAUUAAUAAUUCAGCCAAUCAGAGAAGACGUCGGCGUCAUAUUCAGGUGUUGGAGUGAGAAGCUCCGCCUUCUGGGGCGUGGCUACGUAUGUGGCGUUUUCGGGAAAUCAUAGUUUACAGAAGAGCGAUGGAUUCAACACGUUGAAAAGACACAACUUUGUUUGAACUACGAUGCUGUGAGAGCUCUGGUGGAGCCAGCUGCACAUCACCCAAAGAAAAACAUUAUCCUCCUUCUACUUCCUGUCGUCGUCUUCUUUGUGGUUUUUGCCAGAAGUAACAUCCAAUCCUGUGACUCGUUUGAUGUGAAAAAAUAGUUUCCAUUGCUGUUUUGUGAAAUGUUUCUAUUUUGAUUUGAUUGAAAAAUCUCCUUAUCCUAGCACAGCUUUUUAUAGAAAACCUUUUUAUUUUUAAAUUGGCCUGUUUCCAUCAAGCAAAUUUAUUUUGUUCUUUCAAUUUGUGCAAUGUUAUGGUUAAUGAAACCACAGCUGUUUGACCGUGUCUCUAUCUGAAAAUCUACUUCUAAUAAAACUUUUGAAGAAUAUCUUAUUACUUUCCACAUUUGACAAAUUAGCAUUUUAAGUUUAAAGUGUUUUUUUUUCUUCCUGAAAUUAAAUGUUUCAAUUGUAUAAUUAAUGCAUUACAUGCCUGCUACCUGGUACCUUUAUAACUACUAAAAAUAUGUUCAUUUGGAGUAUCCUGACGUUUGUAUGCAACAAAACAAUAAAAAUAUCCUGAUGACUCGCCA